UUAGUGUCAGUACCAACCAAUGAGUGAACACGAAAAAGAGCCUAGUGCAGUCAAGGAAGAACAAAAGGUUGAAAAACAACAACCAGAGGAUUCUCCUCUUGUCAUAUCAUUGGAAUCAAAAAUUAUCACCAAGACACGUACUAUCAUUGCUGUCAUUAUAUUCUCCACCAUCAUUUUAUUGGGAAUACCCUUAUUUAUUGGAACCACUACCAUUCAUAGGGCUCAUUUACCAAUUGAUCAAAUCAACCAGUUUGAUUACAAGUCACAAUUACAUUUUAAGAUUCCUGUGAGUUUGUCAACCGAUGAAGGUAUCACCGCAGGAAAUCAACAAGUAUAUGAUCAACAAUUGAGAACACGGUAUCCUGAUCUUAACAUAUGGUCAAUUGAAAUUGUCAAUUCCAUCAACCCUGACAAUUAUCAGGUUAAAGUUCAUUUAGCUAAUAAACCAAGCUACGAAAUCUCCUUAUAUGAUAGACAAAUUGAUGUUUUUGUUGACAAAGACACCAAUGUGGAUGAGUACAUUUCGCUGAUUUUAUAUGAUUCAAUUUUCAAAUAUGAAUUAGAUAACCUUGAAUCCAACGAUCAUGCAACUGUCGCAUUCCCAUACUCAUCUAAGUUUAAUCUUGUAUUUUCAUUAUUGGUUGAGAAUGGGAAUCCAACAUCUUGGGAAAUUGAACAAGCACUGGAAAAGCUCCAAAAAUUGUUGAUUUCAUUCAAUCAUAUUUCCAAUUUUACAAUUACAUCUCAAGUUCAAUAUUACUCUAAAUUAUCUAAGAAAUAUCAAAAGGGAAGUUCCAGUUAUAUUCUUCCCGAGACUGAUUUACCUACAUUUAUAAAUUUCGGUGAUUGGAAUCUUGACAAUUAUGAUAUUAACCCAACUAUGAACUUUUUACUUUAUUUCCCAGAAUCAAAUUAUGAAGGUAUUCCAUUAAUUAUUGAAAACACUACUACAAAUUCAUUCUUGAUCCCUCAAUGGGGUGGUGUGGCUAUUUUCAAUAAAGACAAGCCAAUCUUGAAGACAGAUGCAAAAUUAUCCUCUAGUGAUCUUGAGCCUAUCAUGAAUAUCUUUGCUUCACAAUUAUAUCAAUUAUUAGGGGUUCCACCAACACCAAAAAACCCAACUAUCAGAAUCGAUUCUCUUUCUAGAUUAUUGGUUGUUUCAAACAUCAAGAAAUCCUUAGAUAAUUUAGUAUCCUUGGUCAAAAUUUCAGAUACUUUAAAUGAAAUUUCCAUUCCUGACGAAACUAAAGAAUCGGCAGAUACAUCGUUAGAACAAAUCAAUCAGGCUAUUGAGUUAGUGAAACAUGGAAAGUUUCAGUUUGCCACUACAAGUAGUUCAAAAGCGUUGGUUGCAUCUGAAAGGGCAUUUUUUGAAAAAAAAAUGGUUCAACAAGCUUAUUUCCCUAGUGAACAUAAACUAGCUGUUUUCUUACCAUUGUUAGGUCCAGUUUGUUCUAUUUUGUUAUUUGGUGUUUUGAAAUUAAUUGCUGAUUUUAAAAAGGCAAAAAGAGAAAAGAAGAAGCAAGAGUAGUUACUCUAAAAAAUAUAUAUUCUUCUAUUACUCGAGCAGCCCCCGCGUAGAGAAAAAGAUUGGCUUAGCCUAAAAGUUGAUCGGCGGUAUCAAGAAUUGACCGUUCAAUACCAAUAAAAUCAAACCCAAGAAUCCUAUUAGUCUUGGAAUUAUCAUACCUUGGAACCAUUAAUUUAUAAAUUCGUUCGUUCUUUGAUAAAUUUCCUGGUGGUAUUUCGACAUUAACGAAAUGGUUACUAAUGAUAUUUGCAAUUUUAUCAAAUGUAAAGUUCUCUGUUGCCACCAACAAUCUUUGUCCCCUUGCUUCAUCACUUUCAAAUGCAACUAUAUGAGCGCGAGCAACAUCUCUUAUAUCGGCGAAUAUAUUGCCAAACUCAGGAAUAUCGUCGUCUUCGGUCAAUGUGAGUACAGUAUUUACCAUUUGCAUAGAAAGAUUUAAUUUAGA